AUGGCAUUCGGCGGUCUCCUGCUGGCGCUGGUGCUGGGGGCGCUGCCCGGCGCCCGCGGGCCGGGACCGGUCUCCGGCGGCCUCCCGGCCCCGCCGCCCCCCGCCGCCUGCCCCCGGCCGCCGCCGGCCCCGGGCCUACCGCAGCGGGGCUGGGCGGGCCGGGGGCCGCGGGGCCGCCGCAGCUCCUGCGCCCUGCCCGGGCCCCGGCCCCGGGGCGGCCCCGGCAGCGGGCGGCGCCCUGCUGAGGGCGAGCGAGGGUCAGUGAGACUCCAAGGUGGCAAGAAUGAGUUUGAAGGCACAGUGGAGGUUUAUUUGAAUGGAGUCUGGGGAACAAUCUGUGGCAGCCAUUGGGACAAUAAUGAUGCAACAGUCAUAUGUCGGCAGCUUGCACUUGGUGAAAAAGGUACAGCAAAACACAUACCAUUUUCUGGACUGGGCCUUAUUCCUGUUUACUGGAGCAAAGUGCGUUGUCGUGGUGAUGAAGCAACUAUAUUGUCAUGUGAAAAAGACAUCUGGCAGGAUGGAACGUGUCCUCAAAAAAUGGCUGCUGCUGUCACAUGUAGCUCUUCCCUGGCUUCUGUCUUUACUCCGAUCCGGCUGGUUGGUGGAAACAACGCUUACGAAGGAAGAGUAGAAGUCUACCAUGCGGGCCAGUGGGGCACUAUCUGUGAUGAUCAGUGGGAUGAUGCAGAUGCUGAAGUUGUCUGUCGGCAGCUUGGCCUUGGGGGUGUUGCCAAGGCAUGGAGCCAGGCUUACUUUGGAGAAGGCUCAGGCCCCGUGCUGCUGGAUGAAGUGCGCUGUACAGGAAAUGAGCUAUCUAUAGAACAGUGUCCAAAAAGCUCCUGGCAGGAACACAACUGCGGCCACAAAGAAGAUGCUGGUGUCUCCUGUAUGCCUCUUGCAGAUGGUGCAUUAAGGCUAACAAGUGGGAAAGGCGGUCAUGAGGGACGCCUGGAGGUCUAUUAUGCUGGGCAGUGGGGCACAAUCUGCGAUGAUGGGUGGACAGAGCUGAAUACACAGGUGGUUUGCCGGCAGCUGGGAUUUAAGUACAGAAAAAGCGUGCCGGAGAGCUACUCAGAAGGAAACUCUGCUCCCAUCUGGCUGGAUGAUGUCAGCUGCUCAGGGAAGGAGACAAACCUCCUGCAGUGCUCAAGGAGAGACUGGGGAAAGCAUGACUGCAGUCAUCAGGAGGAUGUCAGACUCAUUUGCCACCCAGAUAAUGACAGCCAUAAGCUCUCGCUUGGUCCUCCCAUCAGGCUGAUGGAUGGUGAGAAUAAGAAAGAAGGACGUGUAGAGAUUUUUAUCAAUGGUCUGUGGGGCACAAUUUGUGAUGAUGGAUGGUCUGAUAAGGAUGCAGCUGUAGUCUGUCGACAGCUUGGCUACAAAGGUCCAGCUAGAGCAAGGACAAUGGCAUAUUUUGGGGAGGGCAAGGGCCCAAUCCAUGCAGAUAACGUGAAAUGUACUGGAAACGAGAGAUCCUUGGUGGACUGCAUUAAGCAGGACAUUGGAACACACAACUGCCGUCACAGCGAGGAUGCAGGGGUCAUCUGUGACCACCUAGGCAAGAAGACUCCUGGGAACAGCAAUAAAGAUUCUCUUGCCUCUGUUUGUGGAUUGAGGUUACUACACCGCCGACAAAAGCGAAUAAUUGGUGGGAAAAAUUCUUUACGGGGUGGUUGGCCAUGGCAGGUUGCCCUCCGACUGAAAUCUUCUCAUGGUGAUGGAAGACUCUUGUGUGGUGCUACUCUCAUUAGCAGCUGCUGGGUCCUCACUGCUGCACACUGCUUCAAAAGAUAUGGCAAUAACACUCGGAACUAUGCCGUGCGAGUGGGAGAUUAUCAUACGCUGGUACCAGAAGAGUACGAGGAAGAAAUCGGAGUCCAGCAGAUUGUGAUGCAUAAAGAGUACAGGCCUGACAGCAGCGACUAUGACAUUGCACUGGUGAGGCUACAGGGCCCGGAGGAACAGUGUGCCAGAUUCAGUACCCAUGUCUUACCUGCCUGCCUGCCCUUACGGAGAGAGAGACCACAGAAAACUGCUCCUAGCUGUUACAUCACAGGAUGGGGUGACACAGGAAGGGCUUAUUCAAGAACAUUACAACAAGCUGCCAUCCCCUUACUUCCCAAGAGGGUAUGUGAAGAGCGUUAUAAAAGGAGAUUCACGGGAAGAAUGCUCUGUGCUGGAAACGUCCAGGAACAGAAACGUGUUGACAGCUGUCAAGGAGACAGCGGCGGACCGCUGAUGUGCGAACGCCCAGGGGAAAGCUGGGUCGUGUAUGGUGUGACCUCCUGGGGCUAUGGCUGCGGAGUGAAAGAUUCUCCAGGUGUCUACACCAAAGUUUCAUCUUUUGUCCCCUGGAUAAAAAGCGUGACCAAACUAUGAAUGUCCUUAAUCAAAACCAAACUUGACCAACAAAGUUUGAGGCAGGACAGCUUGAGCAGCACUGUGCACACAGCUGGGGCCCAUAGUGGGUGGAAACACACAUUUUCCUGAUUCACAUGGUGGUUUUUUUUUUUUGUUAAAUCCAAGCUGUAUACACACAACCUUUCCAGUCAGGGAUUACUAUGCAAACAAAAUCCUUCUGUUUUGAGGAAGUUUAUAUUGCAUGAACAAGUUACCAUGCACCUAAGAUAAGUGGAAAAGUGACCUCCAGCUUAGAAUAAUGUUGGAGCAGGCCAGCUGGAGAGGUCCCUUUCAGACUCGCUGUUCACAGGAAGCUCCGAGCUAUUUAUGCUACAAGCUUUUCUGGAACUAAUUACAGAUCUCAAAGUUCAUUUUCAGUCUAGUUUAUUUCAUCAGUUCUUGACUGCUUUCUUAUUAUUCCUAUGAUCUUACACUCAGCUUUCUGGUUUUGACUCAUGUUUCAUUAGCUGAUGAGACCAUGAACAGGGUGAUUCUUGGUAAGCAAUUCUAUAUAUUAAAUGUUAGAAGGAAAGUAAGUGUCAAUAAUCAGAUGCCCAGCUAGCCUGAUAAACAUUGUUACAGCUUACUUCAUAAAGCACAUUCCCAAGUGAAGUAGGUAGUAUGCUGGAAGGUAGUUUCCCUGCAAAGCUUCCCUACACAGCUGUAAGAGUGAGAUCAAAUACUGGAGGUGUUCAGAUAAUGCCUAUCUGAAAAGGUCUAUGAAGUCUUAAACUACUGUUUUCUACAGUAGUUUGUAGAAAUAGUAGUUUGUACAAUACAGUAGUUUGUAUAAUACUUUGACAACACUCACGUUUAGGUGCAAUACUGUUUCAGAUUGGUCUCAUAGGAAAAGUGAGAAUUAUCUGAAAUCAGUAACUGCAAAAGUCUUUUUAUUUUUUAUCCAGUAACUGCUCAAAUUCGUCAUAGUAAUUUAUGAUACUACAUGAAGAACUAGUUGUCAUAUGUUCUCUAAUGCCCUCUUAUAUUCUAAAUAUCAUUUAGCAAUACCUAUGAGCUACAGUUUUCAGUGACUUAUAAAGUAUUUAUGUACCUUGA